GGGCCAGCAGGAGGAUGGCGCCGGGCCGAGGCCGCUGGACCCGCCGUUGGAACCACAGCUGGGUGAAGUCAGUGCUGCUAGGUCUUUGGAGCCAGACCGAAGGGAGGGUCGCGCGCCCCUGGGCCGCACCUACUCUGCAUAUGCCCCGCCCCUCACUCCAGGUGUCGCCCACUUAACUGAGGAUCCAGGAUCCCCUCCUUAAGCGCGUCCCACAAAUCCCGACGGCACGGAGGGGCCCCAGGCCAAAGGCGAUGGGCCCCUGAGCCCUCACACCGCUUCGCCGCUGCUGCAGGUGCCCCCGGCCGGCAGCGCCGCCGUGGUCCCGGAGCGCGGCGACAUGCCGGAGCUGGUGGUGACCGCGCUGCUGGCGCCGUCGCGCCUGUCGCUGAAGCUGCUGCGCGCCUUCAUGUGGAGCCUGGUGUUCUCGGUGGCGCUGGUGGCCGCGGCGGUCUACGGCUGCAUAGCCCUCACGCACGUGCUGUGCCGGCCCCGGCGCGGCUGCUGCGGGCGCCGUCGGAGCGCGUCCCCCGCCUGCCUGAGCGACCCCUCGCUGGGUGAGCACGGUUUCCUGAACCUCAAGAGCUCGGGCCUGCGUCUGCACUAUGUCUCGGCUGGACGAGGUAAUGGACCCCUCAUGCUGUUUCUGCACGGCUUCCCUGAGAACUGGUUCUCCUGGCGUUACCAGCUCCGGGAGUUCCAGAGCCGCUUCCAUGUUGUGGCUGUGGACUUGCGAGGCUAUGGCCCCUCGGAUGCACCUCGGGAUGUGGACUGCUACACAAUCGACCUGCUGCUGGUGGACAUCAAAGAUGUCAUCCUAGGCCUGGGUUACUCGAAGUGCAUCCUUGUGGCCCAUGACUGGGGUGCCCUCCUUGCCUGGCAUUUCUCCAUCUACUACCCAUCCCUGGUCGAGCGGAUGGUUGUGGUCAGUGGUGCCCCCAUGUCGGUGUACCAAGACUAUUCCCUGCACCACAUCAGCCAGUUCUUCCGUUCCCACUACAUGUUCCUGUUCCAGCUGCCCUGGCUGCCCGAGAAGCUGCUGUCUAUGUCUGACUUCCAGAUUCUGAAGACCACCCUCACCCACCGCAAGACAGGCAUCCCAUGCUUGACUCCCAGCGAGCUCGAGGCCUUCCUUUAUAACUUCUCACAGCCUGGUGGCCUCACUGGGCCCCUCAACUACUACCGAAACCUCUUCAGGAACUUCCCCCUGGAACCCCAGGAGCUGACCACACCCACAUUGCUGCUGUGGGGGGAGAAGGACACUUACUUGGAGCUGGGGCUGGUGGAAGCCAUCGGCAGCCGCUUUGUGCCGGGCCGCUUGGAGGCCCACAUCCUGCCAGGCGUAGGGCAUUGGAUCCCACAGAGCAACCCCCAGGAGAUGCACCAGUACAUGUGGGCCUUCUUGCAAGACCUGCUGGACUAGUGGUCCUUGCUGGCCUGCCCAGGAGGCAUGGAUACUCAGGAAGGAACACACACCCGUUAUCUGCGUGUGCCUGGGAGUCCAUACAAUGUCCAUACAUGGGUGAACUCUUGAAUCGCUCAUAGGCAUGGGACUCUUGGAUCUCACACCAGUGCACCUAUGGGUGCCUCGGGACACACCAACCCCUGUACUCACACACAGGCAUGGAUGCAUGUGUGUGUAACAAACACUUUGACCCUGGGAACUGGGUAUACCUCUCUUCCAGUGGAGCCAGAUGCCGAGACCGAGUGUACCACCUCCUCCCUUCCUGGGGCCUCACUCUGGGCUUUGCCAAAGUCGCUUCUCUGCCAUAGCUGCACAAACCUUAAACCCUGACCUUCCUGUCCCUGCCUUCCACCUCCUGCCUGGGUCUUCAGCUCAGUGCUACUCUGAAUACAAUACUGCUGACCACAUUUGGCUACUUCAACUUAAAUGUAUGUUAAUUGAAAUGAAAUACAAUGAAAAUGCAGUGCUCAGUCCCACCA